AUGGAGACGGCUCAACAAAAAAUCGAGAGAGCUCGAGCAAGGCGCGAGACUGGCCUGGCCAAACUCGAGCCCAAGCUCGCAGGACUGCCCGCCCAGCUACCCCGCAACAGUCUGGGGCUGCCAAGUACGACUCUCACGGCCCGAGAGAUUGAGCUCACCGAGAAGUACGACGUUCUCGAGCUUCUGGCCAUUCUGAAAUCAAGAGAGGUGUCUGUCGAGGAAACAAACUGUCUGGUGGAGUUGAUGUGGGAUCAGGCCAUUGCCAGGGCCAAGCACCUCGAUGCGCUACCUGAGCCGCAGGGAGCCUUCUUUGGCCUACCUAUUUCCACAAAGGAGCACCAUGGCAUGGUUGGUGAAAACAUCAUCACUACGGCCUCUGUCAUCGCAUGGGUCGACCGCAAGCAUGGCUCUAAUCUGCUGUACGAUGACCUCUGGGAGGAGGGAUGUGUCUUUUACGCGCGGACGACUCAGCCACAAACCAUUAUGCAUUUGGAGACUGUCAGCAAUCUCUGGGGGAGAACAGACAACCCAUACAACCGUGACCUGACCGCAGGCGGAAGCAGUGGAGGCGAAUCCGCGCUGAUAGCCAUGCGUGGUAGUCUACUGGGUAUUGGUGGCGACAUUGGUGGCAGUAUUCGCUGCCCUUCCGCCUUUGUUGGCAUCUAUGGAUUCAAACCCUCGACGAAGCGCAUCACAGUCGCAGGCCAGAUUGGCCACAUGGCAGGGCGAGAGACUAUCUUCAGUACGCCUGGGCCCAUGACGGUGGACCGCAAGGCGAUGGAGCUUCUCAUGCGCGUGAUUCUCUCCAAGCAGCCAUGGCGCAAGGACCCUUCCAUUGUCCCCAUGCCCUGGACGCCUCACAAAUUCAGCAAGCCUCUCAAGAUCGCCGUGCAGUGGUGGGACGGUGUUGUCAAGCCCCAUCCCCCCAUCACCCGCGCUCUCAAGGAGGUGGUCGCCGCCUGCCAAAGGGCGGGUAUGCGCGUCGUGGACUGGGACUGCGAGAAGUUGGACCACAAGAAAAGCUGGGAAAUAAUUUCCGCGUUGUAUUGGCCCGAUGGCGGACUCGAGACACUGGACUGUCUUGAGAGUGUCGGGGACACUGUGCUUCCACUCACCAAAUGGGUCAUCCAGGAGCAACCCAGUGUGAAGAACAUGACACAGGCGGAGCUUUGGCAAUUAUGCUACACCCGCGAUGCGUAUCGUGUAUCCUAUGCGCAAGCCUGGAACGCGACCGCCAACGACGACGGCGAUGAAGUCGACGUGAUUCUUUGCCCUGCUAGCUUCGGUGCGGCCACCCCGCAUCAGCAAUCCAAGUACUGGGGAUACACCUCCCACUGGAAUACGCUCGACUACCCGGGUGCUGUUUUCCCCGUCACUACCGUCGACGCCUCCAAGGAUGCCAAGGAUCUUACAUACAAGCCUAUCAACGAGCAGGAUCAGUUCAUUUAUGACUUGUAUGAUCCUGAACUGUUUUCUGGAGCUCCUGUAGGUCUCCAGAUUGUUGGGCGAAGGCUCCAAGAAGAAAAGGUCCUUGCUGCGCUGGAGCUGGUUGAGCAGGCCAUGGGUCGCCCGUAG